AUGGAGGAGGGAUACCACGAACUAUGGCCUACGCGCGCCAAUGAAGAAGGACGAGAUCCACCUCCUCCUCCUCCUAAUCCACAAGAUCCUGCUGGAGAUGUGAAUGCACAACCUCAAGCUGGAGCACCUACAAUCGGAGACUAUGACUCUGCCGAUGCUUUCUUCAUGGAUAGAAACCCUAUCCAUCCACCACUUCCUGCAAGGAAUGACUAUGAGAUCAAGCCUCAGAUCAUAGCAUUGGUUAGACAGAACCAAUUCAAUGGCCUUCCAGCUGAGCACCCUCUUGAUCACAUAGAAAACUUUGAAGAAAUUUGCAGCACUACAAGAUCCAAUGGAGUCUCUGCUGACUACCUUAAGUGCAAGCUCUUUUCAUUCUCUCUUGGCGACAAAGCUUCAAGAUGGUUGAAGUCUCUGCCAGCUCACUCCAUUACCACUUGGGAUGAGUACAAGGCGCUUUCAUCAACCACUUCUACACCAAGCAGAGAUCAAUUUCUGGACUGCCCUAAUCAUGGUUUCAAUGAGGGAAACCUAUGGAACAUCUUCUAUCGUGGCAUAGACCACAAGUACAAGCUUUCAUUGGACACUGCAAGCAAUGGAAACUUCAUGACCAAGACUGUUGAUGAAGCUAAGGUUCUUAUUGAGAAUCUUGCAGCUAGUGAUUGUAACAACUGUCCUGAUUAUGACCGCUCAAGCCGCACCACUACUAGCUCCCCUGAUUCUUUUCAAAUGACUGAACUCAAGAACAUGAUGGCUCAAGUUCUUAAGGGACAGCUCAAGCAUAUCAAUGCAAUAGAAGGGAUGAGUGAUGCUAAUGAAGAUUCAUCAAGAGAAUGCAUGGGAGAUUUCUCUAAUGAAGCCAAUGAAGAAGAUGUGAACUACAUUGGAAACUAUGGGAACAAGGGAUACAAUCCAAGCUAUCGCCCAAACCCCAACAUGUCUUAUAGAAACCCCAAUGUGGAGAAUCCUCAAGACCAAGUGUAUCCUCCAAGGUAUCCACAACAACAAAGACCUCCUUACCAAUCUCAAGGAAGUCAAUUUCAGCCAAGGCAAGGAUAUGAGCAGAGAUCAUCAUAUCCGCCCAAGGAGCCAUAUGCUUCUUCACCAAAUCAAGCUCCUCCAAACCAACAAGGUGGGAGAUUUGAAGGAAUCCUCCAACAGAUCAUGGAUGGCCAGAAGAGAAAAUAA